AUGGCGUUUAUGGAUGUUAAAUAUUCAAGCUUUGAAGAUUUCUUGUUCUUGUACUUUAGAAAGGAUGAGAUUGUUGCCUUUCAACGACAAUUUGGACUCUCCAACAUUGGAAAUGAAGAAGAUGAUAUUUUAGAGGACUUCUCUGAACAAGAAAGGACUAAGAUGUAUUAUCAUCUUUCUUUCUUAAAUCAAUCUUGUCUUGAUUAUAUUGGUAUUGGUCUUUUCUCUUACUUUCAACGUCAACAACACGAUGCUUCAAAAACUCAACUUUCUUCUCCUUCAACUUCAGCACCUCAAUCUUCACUGCAAUAUUCUGAUAUACCCUUUUUUAGUAUCUCCUACAAAACAGGAAAUUUGAAGACUUUAUUGCUUCAUGGAGGAAAUGAGUCAGAAUUUAAGUCUUCAAUGAGGAGAAGGAUAAUGAAGUUUCUCAACAUUUCUGAAAAUGAUUAUUUCAUGGUUUUCACAGCAAAUAGAACAUCGACUUUCAAACUUGUAGCAGAUUCAUAUCCAUUUCAAUCUUGUAAGAAGCUUCUCACAGUUUAUGACUACGAAAGUGAAGCAGUGGAAGCAAUGGUUGGCUCUUCGGAGAAAAGAGGAGCGAAAUCAAUGUCAGUUGAAUUCUCAUGGCCAAGACUAAGGAUUCAAUCAACAAAAUUGAAAAAGAUGAUUGUUAGUGAUAACAAUAAGAAGAAGAAAAACAAAAAAAGUGGUCUUUUUGUAUUCCCACUUCAUUCAAGGGUGACAGGAGCAAGAUAUCCUUAUCAAUGGAGGAGAACAGCUCAAAAGACAUGGACAGCUUUGGUCUCUCUCUUUCAACCAGAUUUUCUCAUUUGUUCAUUCUACAAAGUUUAUCAUAAUUGCGUGUAUCAUGAAAAGUCUAGUUUUUUAAUCCACAAAUUCACCAUUGAUUAGUAAACUCAUCAAAAUUAAACAAAACACUCCUUUCAUUUUAACAUGAAUCAGCAAGAGCUUCAAAAAUACAAAUAUGACACCAAUUAGAGAUUAAUAAAAUGUUCAAAUUUGCAUCCAAACUUCAACAUAAAAGCAACCCACAAAGAAAAAUAAUAAAAUCCUCAACUUAAACCCAAAAUACAGACAUCCAAAUAGAUGAUAAGGCACUUCUUUGUACAAAAAAGGACAAGUUCACCGCAAAGAUUACCCUAUAGUUAAACCAGAAAAAAAUUACACAACCAUAAGCAACCCUAAACCAGCUAAACAAA